UUUUGUUAAAGAAGUUGUAUAGGAUUUGUGGAGCAGAAGCAGUGGCAAGCCAGGCUGAAAGGGAGGGAAGAUGUAGGGAUGGUUAUUUGGUCCUGGGGAGGCUUUUAUUUCUCAGGGUCCCGCUAUUCUUGUCCGCCGUAUCGUAUUGUUGUUAGUAUUUUCCUCGUAUUUUCAGCCAGAUUGAAAUGCUCCUUCUAAAUUUCUGGCAUGGUGGCGAGAGGGGUAGCGAAUUUAUCAUCUGUUUUUGUUUGUUCAGUUGCACUUGCUCUGAAGAAUAAGGCAGAUUUGUGGAGAGCAUUAGAGAAGAAACUUGAUAGAAAUGAGUACAGCCAAAGUGAAACGCUGUGUGGGCAAAUAUGAGCUCGGCCGGACCAUCGGCGAAGGAACUUUCGCAAAGGUCAGGUUUGCAAGAAACUCCAAGACAGGGGACGCUGUUGCUAUCAAGAUUCUUGAUAAGGAGAAGGUUCUUAAGAACAAAAUGGUUGAACAGAUCAAACGGGAAAUCGCUACUAUGAAGUUAAUCAAACAUCCUAAUGUUGUUCGUCUUUAUGAGGUUAUGGGAAGCAAAACAAAGAUUUUUCUUGUUCUUGAAUUCGUUAAGGGGGGAGAGCUAUUUGACAAAAUUGUUAACCAUGGCCGGUUGAGGGAGGAUGAAGCAAGAAAAUAUUUUCAGCAACUAAUUAAUGCUGUUGAUUACUGCCAUAGUAGAGGCGUUUACCAUCGCGACUUGAAGCCAGAAAAUUUACUACUUGAUGAAAACGGUAAUCUCAAAGUCUCAGAUUUUGGAUUAAGUGCACUGUCUCUGCAAGUAAGGGCUGAUGGUUUACUUCAUACUACUUGUGGGACUCCAAAUUAUGUUGCUCCAGAGGUGCUUAAUGACAAAGGUUAUGAUGGCACAACUUCAGAUCUGUGGUCAUGUGGGGUUAUUCUAUUUGUUCUGCUUGCUGGGUAUUUACCCUUUGAGGAUGAUAAUGUCAUAAAUUUGUAUAAGAAAAUAUCCGAUGCUGAAUUUUCAUGCCCAGCUUGGCUUUCUUCGGAUGCCAAGAGAUUGAUAAAACGAAUACUGGAUCCAAAUCCCAUUACACGAAUAACUAUUCCCGAACUAUUGGAGGAUGCAUGGUUCAAGAAAGGCUACAAACCGCCAAUUUUCAACGAGAAUUGCGACACGAAUUUGGAUGAUAUCGAUGCAGUUUUCAAGGACUCAGAAGAACAUCAUGUUACAGAGAAAAAAGAAGAACAGCCUGCAGCUCUGAAUGCUUUUGACCUGAUCUCAAUGUCAAAGGGGCUGAAACUUGGAAGUUUAUUUGAUAGAGAACAGGAAUUCAAAAGAGAGACAAGAUUUUCAUCAAAAUCGUCAGCCAAUGAAAUUAUGAGUAAGAUUGAAGAAGCUGCAAAGCCUCUUGGAUUUGAAGUGCAGAAGAAAAAUUAUAAGAUGAGGCUGGAGAAUAUGAAAGCUGGAAGGAAAGGAAACCUGAACAUUGCUACUGAAGUGUUUCAAGUGGCGCCUUCUCUUCAUAUGGUUGAGGUUCGGAAAGCGAAAGGGGACACUCUCGAGUUCCAUAAGUUCUACAAAAACCUCUCAACCUCUCUCAAAGAUGUUGUUUGGAAGUCUGAGGAAGACUAGAAUGUGCAUGCUGUGUUGGUGAAGGAGCAAAUAUGUUCAGCUCCUCCCUUUAUUUAUUUUUAUUUAUUUUUGCCCUUUUUCCAGGAUAACAUAUAUUUUCCUGUUUUCUUUGUGUU